UUUCUGCAAGAACAAGUGACGAAACCCUUCAUCUCCACCAACCUCUAACACUACUAUAAAAGCAUACACACCGAUGGAUUUAACAUUGAAAUGCAUGGAAACUAAGAAAUUCCAAUUCUCCAUGGCUAGAAAAAGAGUGAAGCUUGCCUAUAUCAUCGAUGCUGCUGCAAGGAAAGCUGCCUACAGGAAAAUAAAGAAGGGCCUGGCGAAGAAGCUGAGUGAACUCACCACUCUUUGUGGCACAGAAACUUGUGCAGUUAUCUACUCUCCCACAUGUGACUAUCAACCGGAGGUCUGGCCUUCGGCUGCCGGAGCCCAACACCUUUUCUCCGAGUUCAAGGCGUUGCCUGAUAUAGAGCGAAGCAGUAGGAUGGUGAACUCAUAGAGUUUUUUGAAGCAAAGGUUAGCGAAUGUCAAUGAACAACUCAAGAGACAGAGUGAGGACAAUCGCAGAAAUGAGUUAACUCAUGUUCAAAAACCUUGGUGGAAAGGGUUGGCAGAAUGUGAAGGAGGAGGAUUUGGACGAGCUGGGUGAGUUUAUUCAGCAGAACUUGAAGGACAGAGACA